AUGCGCGACGGCCCCGUUCCCUCUUCCUCCGCCUCCCCUGGCUUCCGCCGUCCACGGAGCCGCCGCCACCGCCGCCGAGGAGUCAGGAAGUUCAAGAUGGCCGCCGCGGAGGCGCCGUCGCUGCGGGAACAGCCAGAGAUGGAAGAUGCUAAUUCUGAAAAGAGUGUUAAUGAAGAAAAUGGAGAAGUAUCAGAAGACCAAUCUCAAAAUAAGCACAGUCGUCACAAGAAAAAGAAACAUAAACACAGAAGUAAACAUAAGAAACAUAAACAUUCUUCAGAAGAAGACAAGGAUAAAAAGCAUAAACAUAAGCAUAAACAUAAAAAACACAAAAGGAAAGAGGUCAUUGACGCUUCUGACAAAGAAGGUCUGUCUCCAGCAAAAAGAACUAAACUUGAUGAUUUAGCUUUGCUGGAAGACUUGGAGAAGCAGAGAGCCUUGAUUAAAGCUGAACUCGAUAAUGAGUUAAUGGAAGGGAAGGUCCAGUCUGGGAUGGGGCUCAUAUUACAAGGUUAUGAGUCCGGCUCUGAAGAAGAGGGGGAGAUCCAUGAAAAGGCAAGAAAUGGAAAUAGGUCUAGUACUAGAUCUUCAAGUACGAAGGGGAAACUUGAACUUGUGGACAAUAAAAAUAGUACAAAAAAGCGAAGUAAAAGCAGAUCCAAAGAACGGACUAGACAUAGGUCUGAUAAAAAGAAAAAUAAGGGAGGUGUUGAAAUAGUUAAAGAGAAGGCAACGAGGAGCAAGUCCAAGGAGAGGAAAAAAUCAAAAAGUCCCUCCAAAAGAAGUAAGUCUCAAGAUGAAGCCAGAAAGUCCAAGUCGCCCACCCUUAGACGGCGCUCUCAAGAGAAAGUUGGGAAGGCCAGAUCUCCUGUCGAUGACAAGGUUAAAGUCGAAGAUAAAACUAAGUCAAAGGAUAGGAAAAAAUCCCCUGUUAUAAAUGAAAGUAGAAGUCGUGAUCGAGGCAAGAAAUCUAGAUCCCCAAUCGACUUGAGAGGUAAAUCCAAAGACAGAAGGUCACGGUCCAAAGAGAGAAAAUCAAAACGGUCUGAAGCCGAUAAAGAGAAGAAGCCAGUCAAGUCUCCCUCUAAAGAUGCUUCCUCUGGGAAAGAAAACAGGUCACCCAGUAGAAGACCUGGUCGCAGUCCCAAAAGAAGAAGUUUGUCUCCAAAACAGCGUGAUAAGUCAAGAAGAAGUCGAUCCCCACUCUUGAAUGACAGGAGGUCUAAACAGAGCAAGUCACCUUCUCGAACCCUGUCUCCUGGCAGGAGAGCCAAGAGCCGGUCCUUGGAAAGAAAACGCAGGGAGCCUGAAAGGAGACGCCUCUCUUCUCCAAGAACACGACCUCGAGAGGACAUCCUCAGUAGGCGGGAAAGGUCCAAGGAUGCCAGCCCGAUCAGUAGGUGGUCUCCAGCUCGAAGACGAGCCAGUAGAUCUCCUGUUAGGAGGAGGUCUCGUUCCCCCCUCAGACGGAGCCGGUCUCCCAGAAGAAGAAGCAGGUCUCCUCGGAGAAGGGACAGAGGUCGGAGGAGCAGAUCACGCCUGAGAAGGCGGUCUCGAUCACGGGGUGGGCGCAGACGUAGGAGCAGAAGCAAAGUCAAGGAAGACAAAUUUAAAGGCAGUCUUUCUGAAGGAAUGAAGGUCGAGCAGGAAUCGUCAUCUGAUGACAAUCUUGAAGACUUCGAUGUUGAGGAGGAAGAUGAAGAAGCCUUGAUAGAGCAGAGAAGAAUACAAAGACAGGCCAUCGUUCAGAAAUACAAGUACCUUGCUGACGACAGCAACAUGUCGGUGCCCUCCGAGCCCAGCAGCCCCCAGAGCAGCACCCGCACCCGCUCCCCUUCUCCUGACGAUAUCCUGGAGCGCGUGGCCGCCGACGUCAAGGAGUACGAGCGAGAGAACGUGGACACCUUUGAGGCCUCGGUCAAAGCCAAGCAUAAUCUGAUGACCGUUGAACAGAAUAACGGUUCAUCUCAGAAGAAGCUCUUGGCACCUGAUAUGUUUACAGAAUCUGAUGAUAUGUUUGCUGCCUAUUUUGAUAGUGCGCGUCUGCGAGCUGCUGGCAUCGGAAAAGAUUUCAAAGAGAAUCCCAACCUCAGGGAUAACUGGACUGACGCAGAAGGCUAUUACCGUGUGAACAUAGGUGAAGUCUUGGAUAAGCGCUACAACGUGUACGGCUACACGGGCCAAGGUGUGUUCAGUAACGUGGUCCGAGCCCGGGAUAACGCGAGGGCCAACCAGGAGGUGGCCGUGAAGAUCAUCAGAAACAACGAGCUCAUGCAAAAAACUGGCUUGAAAGAAUUAGAAUUCUUGAAAAAGCUGAAUGACGCCGACCCUGACGACAAGUUCCACUGUCUGCGGCUCUUCAGACACUUUUAUCACAAGCAGCAUCUGUGCCUGGUGUUUGAGCCUCUGAGUAUGAAUUUACGAGAGGUGUUAAAAAAAUACGGUAAGGAUGUUGGCCUUCAUAUUAAGGCUGUCCGAUCCUAUAGUCAGCAGUUGUUCUUGGCUCUGAAACUCCUUAAAAGAUGCAAUAUCCUCCAUGCAGAUAUCAAGCCAGACAAUAUCUUGGUUAAUGAAUCAAAAACUAUAUUAAAGCUCUGCGACUUUGGGUCAGCCUCACAUGUUGCGGAUAAUGACAUAACGCCUUACCUUGUCAGUAGAUUUUACCGCGCUCCUGAAAUCAUUAUAGGUAAAAGCUAUGACUAUGGUAUAGAUAUGUGGUCUGUAGGUUGCACCUUAUAUGAACUCUAUACUGGAAAAAUUUUAUUUCCUGGCAAAACCAAUAACCAUAUGUUGAAGCUCGCCAUGGAUCUCAAAGGAAAGAUGCCAAAUAAGAUGAUUCGGAAAGGCGUAUUUAAAGACCAGCAUUUUGAUCAAAACCUCAACUUCAUGUACAUAGAAGUUGAUAAAGUAACCGAGAGGGAGAAAGUUACUGUCAUGAGCACCAUUAAUCCAACUAAGGACCUGUUGGCUGACUUGAUUGGGUGCCAGCGACUUCCUGAAGACCAACGUAAAAAAGUACACCAGCUGAAGGACUUGUUGGACCAGAUCCUCAUGUUGGACCCGGCUAAGCGGAUUAGCAUCAACCAGGCCCUGCAGCACGCCUUCAUCCAGGAGAAGAUUUAA